AUGAGGCGUGCAGUCUUGAAUAAGGAGAACAUGUCCUCUUACCCUACUUUUCGAAUUACACGAGCUCGUGCAAAAGCUUUACAUCCUUUGGAAAAAAAACCAGGUGACAAGGUUUUGCGAAAAAACGCAAAAAGGGCAUCAUGCAGUGACAAGAAGCCUGAGGGUUUAGAUGGUUGUUUAAAGAAAAGGGCUGUCCUUAAGGAUGUGACUAACGUAACAAAUGAGCUUAGAAAACGAGAUGCAAAAGUCUCCUUACAGACAGGGGGAAAGGUGGCUCCUGCUUGUAUUGCUAAAAUACCCCAAAUUCAAGAGGAUAAAAGAGAAAGCACGAAAAUUGUAUCAGUCAAGAACUUGCCAACCGAGAUAACUGAACUUGUGGACCGAAAAUUGUUGCGCACAUUAAGUCCAAUUCUUGAGAAGACAAAUCCCAAAGAUGAACAGCUCUGCAAGAAAGAAGAGAACUCGGCUGAUAAUGGCAUAAUUGAUAUAGAUACAAGACACAAGGAUCCACAGUUGUGUAGUCCUUAUGUAGACGAUAUAUAUCAUAACUUGUACACAGCUGAGCUUAACCGUAGGCCAGCGCUUGAUUAUAUGGAAAGCGUGCAGCGAUUUAUCAAUCAGGACAUGCGGGCUAUUCUGGUCGAUUGGCUUGUUGAGGUUUCGGAUGAAUAUAGAAUGGCCCCGGACACACUAUAUUUGACCAUUAAUCUUAUCGAUAGAUUCUUAUCUCAUAAUCAUAUCGAGAAGCAAAAGUUGCAACUUGUUGGAGUAACUUGCAUGCUAAUUGCUUCGAAAUACGAAGAAAUAUAUGCUCCCUCUGUGGAAGAAUUUUGCUUCAUUACUGAUAAUACCUACACGAAAGAUGAGGUUGUCAAAAUGGAAAGUCGCGUUCUGAACUGUUUGAGCUUUCAUUUAUCGGUUCCCACCAUAAAGAAAUUCCUCAGGAGAUUCAUUCAUGCAGCUCAAGUUUCGUACGAGGCUCCUUUAGCAGAGCUCGAUUUUUUGGCGAAUUAUUUAGCUGAAUUAACACUACAGGAGUACAGUUUCCUCAAAUUCUUACCAUCCCAAAUUGCUGCAUCUGCUGUUUUUUUAGCAAGAUGGACACUUGAUCAGUCAAAUCAUCCAUGGAAUUCAACUUUGGAGCAUUAUACACGGUACAAAACAACCGAGCUAAAAAAUGCAGUUUCAGAACUGCAAGAAUUGCAGCUAAACACUCGAGGGUGUUUGCUUAAGGCCAUUCGCGAAAAAUAUAAGCAACCUAAGUUCAAGUGUGUCUCGACUCUUUGUUCGUCAAGACCCGUGCAGUCACUUUUCUAA